AUGAAUUUAACUUCUGUUUUAUGUGAUAGUAUUUUUUACAAUACUCAUCCAGAAUUAUCAUCAUUGCAUCAACAAAUAGAAGAAUUUCAAAUAACUUACCAAUCUAAUAUUGAAGUAAUAAUAUCUUAUAAUCCAAUUGUUGAAAAUGUUUAUAAUCAAGAAGAAUUAGAUGAAUCUAUUUUAUUAGAUGAAUCUAAUUUAAAUGAAUCUAGUUUAAAUAAUGAACAGAUAAAUAG